UUAUUCCGUCAACACAUUCGCUCGACACGUCGUGCUUCAGAUCGUCCGGGGAGUUUAAACGCAAAAUUGGUUGAAAAUCAUAACAUAAACAGGCUGUGAUAUUAAAAUUAAUUGGGUUGUUAAACUAUUCAAUUAAAAUACAAACUAAAGUUGCUUCGACUUUUCAGACCAAUCGCCAGACGACGACGACGACACCAUCAUGCGUAAGCUGCGGGGAGGCCAAACACGCGAAACGCGCAAACAGAAGCAGGAACGGCGCGAGGAGAACCAGAAGAUUCAGCAGCAGCUGAAAACGAUUGUGCUGCCCAUUUGUGGCGUUGUGUUCCUGUGCAUUGUUGCGUAUGUGUUUCUGAAGACGCGCCCGCGGUUCGAGGAGCUGUGAGGGUGAAGUUGUUUUUUUUUCGUUUACCUGAUUUGCAAUAUAUAUUUCGUGUUUUCGAUGUUCUUUAUAAGAGAGAUGCAUUUAGUUUUUUAUGUACGAUAGGCAGGCACAAUACAAUAAAGUGAUUAACUGUUCCGAUUGAGAGGAAUUAUAUUUACGUAAAA